CAUCCUUUGCCCUGUGGCCCCUGUUGCUCCCAUACAACCACUACCGCCAUACCAGUCUUUUCUUUGUAAACACACUACUCUCUUCAGUCUCUCCCUCUGUUUUUGUGUUUGGUACGUCCCUUCCCUUGCCCCCACAAGCAGACUUUUUGACUCUCCAAGACGAAGAAGAAGGGGGACUGGCCAAACGACGAGGACAUAAAGAAGAAUGUCAGCAACAAUGGAACCUCCUGGGACUCGCACCAACUCGAAUGAGCCUUGUGACAUAUGCGGUGAUGGUGGAUUUGAAGAAUUGAUAGCUACUUGCAGUAAAUGCAGUAUAGCUCGUGAACAUGUUUAUUGCAUGUGGGUUAAUCUCCAAUGGAUCCCACAAGACUGGAUUUGUGAAUCAUGUCUGUCAAACAACAUAGUUUCACCAGAAGCUGGUAGGAAGAAAGACAUGAUAAGAACCAUGCAAUUGGAUUCCCCUGACAUUUUCUGCCAUGACAGUAUGCAUACAUCAGGUCCCAGUUCACGGGGGCAGGCUUAUUCUAGAAGGCAAAAGCCCGUUGAAACUGGCAAAGUGAAGUUCCUUCCUACUGAGGAAGUCAUUAGGCUAUCAUCAGGAGCCACUGGAAAAGGAAAUCCUUUAAGGGUGAAAGUGUAUCAUAGUGUUGGACCUUCAGGACUUGUGAAGUUUCCUAGGCAUGGUGGUGUGCAUUCAAUGACUAAUCAACAGACACCUCAAGCAUUAAAAAAAUUAGAAGAACCACAGGCUCCAGUCACUUUCACAAAGGAAUAUGGUUGCAAGGAACAACUGGUAGCUGCCAUUGCAUCUGCUAAAGUAGUUGAAACUUUUGAAACUAAUGUGGAGAAGGCUACAAAUGAAGCAUCGUGUGCAUCUUCACCAUCAAAAAAAUGUUUGCCUGUUGUCAGAACAGGGAAAGGGACUCGUAUAGGUGCUACAGAGGAGCUUGUUAUGGAGAAACCAUUGGUGGGAGCCCUUAUUCCUGCCAAAGAAGUUGAAACUUCUAAUAUGAAGACAGAGAAUACUAUAAAUAAAGUAUCACGUACACCUUCAACAUCAAGACAUUCUUCACCUAUUGUCAAUUCAGAAAAAAUGGCUCUUGUGGAUUUGGAGGAGGAUAUUUCUGGGAAACUACCAAUGGUUCCCCCAAUUGCUAAAGAUCAUGAAACUUCUACAAUGAAGAUAAAGAACAAUACAAACAAAGCGUCAUGCACACUUUCACCAUUGACACAUACUUCGCCAAUUGUCACUUCAGGUGACUUCGAAGCUUUAGCUGAAUGUAAGAACUCUAAUGUUGAAGAAAGAGACUUGCUGAAUAUUUUACCUAAAUUCAAGCUAUGUUGUGAUAAUCUCCCGUCUCUACAUGUUACUUGGAAGGGAGGCUUUCAUUUUACUGGUACACCUGUUAAAUUUUAUGGUGGAUUCCUUGCUCGACCUCCAUUUACUGUCAGCCGUAAAGCCUUGGAGUUUUCAAAAAGAAUGCCUCCAGUCCUUCAGGUUCAGCUGCAUCCUUGGUGCCAAAUAUGGACAGAUCUCUUCCAGAACGAUUGUCCUGAUCUUAAUGAUAUUGCUCUGUAUUUUUUCCCUGAUGAUAAUAUUAAGAGAUCCAAAGGGAACAUUCCCCGCCUGAUUGAGCUGAUGGAGGUCCAAAGUUCAAUGAUGAGAAGCUGCAUUGAUGGUGUGGAGUUGCUAAUAUUUACAUCAAAGCAGCUGCAUAUGGACUCACAGGCAGAAUACUUCUUGUGGGGAGUCUUUCGCGCAUUAGAAAACAGUCAGACUCUUAACAAGGCAGAUGGGGAAGACACUCCAUUCAUUUCUCCGUUGGAAUGUGUAAGCAAUGACCACACGGUUGAUAUGGAAUUAGAUAUGGUAGGUGGGGAGACUGUGGGGAGAGCCGAUAUUGUUGUUUCAAAAGAUGCAUCUAGGAGAGAUGUCUCUGUUUUGUCUUCUGGGGAUAACAAAAGUAGAGGUGACUUUGCUUUGGAGUUCCCCUUGCAAAGCUCAAAUGGCAAGUGUUUCACUGUGGAACAAUUUGAUAUUCCUCCAGGCUUUGAGAAGAUUGCAAGAACGAAAUUGAAAGAUUCUGGGAAGUGUUUCACUGUGGAACAAUUUGGUGUUCCUCCAGGCUUUGAGAAGAUUGCAAGAAUGAAAUUGAAAGAUACUUAAUGUAAGGGUUCUGUAAAGAAGGAAAUAUAGGUCUCAAGAUUAAUUUGUGAAUAGUAAAUAUAGGAAAUAUAGGUCUUAACCUCAGUUUAGGAAAUAUAACUCUUUGAAUAGUACAGUUUGCCCAGCAAUGUAAAGAUCAAGUUAGAAUUGGAGACAGCGUUAAAUGGCACUAUAGACUGCUCACUUGCAUCAUAGGGUACAGAGUGUAUUUGUACAGUUCAUACCACUUUAUUUCAUUUUGUUUCUCAUUAUGGAAAAAUUAAGUUGAGCAUUAAACUGAAAUUAAGAUUUUGUAAGACCUACUCUCUGCUUGUUCAGCUCUAGUGAGAUGUUUGCCGGUAA